AUGGCUCGGGAGCGCGAUGCUGCCAAACCGGCGGUAUCACCCCAGGAGCCAUCAGUGACACCCGGGACGGGACAGUCGUUAUCCGCUUCGGUAGAUACCGAAGGAGAUAAUGUCGCUCCCAAAUCCGAAGAGACUUCGAGUCCUUUGAGAGAAGUCGCACCGACUCCUAACACCCUGGCGGCGGACGCCACCCCGGAUCUUCCAGAACCGUCAUCGCCAGUGGUGCCUAAGAACAAGGCGCCUCGUCGCUCGAAUCAGUCGGUGGCGACACCGACAAAGAUCAAGGUGGAAGAGCUUGAUCUGCCGUCUACCCCGACCCGGGUCCCGAAGCGCAGCAGGCCCGUCUCCGCCGCAGACGCGGACGACGACCAAGACGACACCGCAUCGCCCCGAAAGCGUCGCAUGGAAACACCUAGCAAGAAGCAGGAAAGUCGUUCCCAGCAGAGCAACCCGCCGCCUGCGACUCCUGUUAAGCGCGAGCCCGUCGAGCACGACAAGAGGGUCCGCUCGCCGACUUCCCCCGUCGGGCACAUGGAUAAUGCGAUAUACCCGGAAUACCCGGAGCUCGAAGAUUUCGACGAGGAGGCGGACUGGCGCGAGGCGGAACGCGAAAACAUGGGGUUUGUGGAAUACCCGGAGAACCCGCAAGACCUGUAUUACGAGGAAGAAGUAGAGGAUGACGAGGACGAGGACGUGAAAGACAAAAGGGACCGGUACGACCAGAUGGCAUCCUGCGGUUACCUAGACCACUGCCACGACGACGAGCUCUACUUCAUCUCUCCUAGCGCCCGGCGCCACUACGACCUGGGUCCCCGCCUGGCUGCCGCGGUCCCGUUCCACACCUCCCUGGCCCCGCCGAUGUCUUACUCGCAGCCGCCUACCCCGCCGCCUCCCGGCGAGCCCUUCCACCACCCACAUUUCCCCGACCGCAAGCCCCUUCAGUGCUCCCAUUGCGGCGACAGCUCUGCUGUCAGCUUCAAGGUCAUGAUUUCGAGGACGACCCAUAGUCCCGGGAGAUACUUCUACAGCUGCAAAGAGUGCAGCGAAUUCACCUGCUGGGCCGACGCCGAGCGCAUCUCUCCCUCGAACUCGCCGUGCUGGUGCCCGGGCGGCUACCCGUCGCGCGAGGAGCUCUCGAACGCGCAGGUGUGGCACUGCCGCACCGUCUUCUACAAGUGCGCCACCGGCCGCUGCGGCUUCUUCCAGUGGACCGACACCCAGCUGUCCGAGCGGGAAGUCAACCAUCGUUACGGGCAGCGGCUGUACCAGAACGCCGGCUGA